CGACGGAGGCGAGGCGGCGCCGGCGAUGAGGGCGCUGAUGCUUAAUCAGUCGCUGGCCCCCGCCGCCAACGGCACACAGAUGCCAUCCGAGUUGGAGACGCUGCAGCACGUGCUUGACCCGCUGCAGUUCUACUACACGCCGCUGAUCGUGGUGCUCGGCACGGGAGGCAACGUGGCGUCGAUGCUGGUGCUGUUCCUGACCAAGCUGCGUGGCCAGUCGUCCAGCUACUACCUGUCGGCGCUGGCGGCCAGCGACACCGGCUUCCUGCUGACCCAGCUGGUCGCCUGGCUGGAGAACGUGGAUGUGCCGCUGUUCGUGCAGCCGGUGGUGUGCCAGCUAACGCAGUACGUGGCCAGCUGCUGCAGCUUCCUCAGUCCCUGGUUUGUGGUCGGUUUCACGGUGGAGCGGUUCGUGGCCGUGUGCUACCCGCUGCACCGGCCCAGCUUCUGCACGGUGCACCGCGCCAAACUGCUGGUAGGCGGCCUGACGGCGGUGGCGGCCGUCUCCAACACGUACACGCUGGUCAUCAUUCGGCCGGCGGCCAUCGCCAACCGCCACCAGGUGGUCUGCGACGUGGACUUUGACCGCUACCCGAGCGUCGGCUUCUGGCUGAUGGGCGCCGACGUACUGGCCACGUUGGUGCUGCCGUUCCUGCUGAUCGUGCUGCUGAACGUGCAGAUCGCGCGCGCCAUCUGCCGGCUGGAGCUGGUGCGGCGCAUGAUGUACGUCACAUCGGCCGAGCAGGGCACGCCGCGCGCCAACAGCCAGCAGAAGAUCACCAAGAUGCUGCUCAUCGUGUCGUCUGUCUUCCUGAUGCUCAACCUGCCCUUCUACGUGAUGCGCAUCUGGGCCUUCAUCGCAACACUGACCGGCUCGACGCCGGACGUCAGCGUCUGGCUGGUGGUCGCCCAGGCCGCCGCCAACAGCCUGUUCCAGCUCAACUUCGGCAUCAACUUCCUGCUGUACUGUGUGUCGGGUCAGAACUUCCGACGCGCUGUGCGCUCGCUGUUUUGCGGGCCGCGCCGCUCCGUCUCCUCGCGCAGCAGCUCGACGCUGACGGAGCACAUACCGCUGACGUCCCGCUGUCGCCGCUCGGUCGGCGCCGUCUGCGCCAGCGGCGUGCCCAAGCGACCUGUGGUACGCGGCUCGCCGCUCUAGGGUCGCGCCCAGUCACAUCCCGUCCGUCGUCGGCCGGCUCGUCGACCAGGCGACCACCGACCGUGCGGACCGCUCACUUUGCGACGGCAUGCGAGUCGCACCGCGCUCGCCACGGCCGAC